UGCUUUUUGGUUUUGGUGCCUUUGGAGGAACAUUGGAAAAUGAGCGAGCCACUGGGUGUUGCUCGGGGCCCCGUGUCGUUUGAGGACGUGGCUGUGGACUUCAGCCGGGAGGAGUGGCUGCAGCUGAGCGGUGCUCAGAGGAUGCUGUACCGGGAUGUGGUGCUGGAAACCUACAGCCACCUGGUCUCUGUGGGCUACUGCAUCACCAAACCGGAUGUGAUCUAUAAAUUAGAGCGAGGAGAAGAACCAUGGACAGUGGAAAGAGGACUCGCAGGCCAGACUUGCUCAAAAGUUCAAAAGUUAAAUGACCUAAUAAAGAGAAGCCAAGAAUGCCUGGACCGACCUAGUUUGUGUGCGUCCCUCAACACUGCACUGUCUAUGGAGAGUAUUUUGGAGGAAACGGUUAAUCUGCAUUCGAACUUGGUUCCUCCAAGGAAAGCACCUUGUCUACAUCAUAAAGUUAGCACUGGGGAGAAGACUCGUGAGUCCAGUGAAAAUGAGAAUGUCGUCAAGGAGGUGCACCUCACUCAGCCUCUUAGGGUUCACACAACAGAGCAGAAAGCCUUCAAGUGUAGUCACUGUGAGAAAUCUUUUUGCCAGAAGUUCCUUCUCACUCAGCAUCAGAGGACACACACAAGAGAGAGAGCAUGUGAGAAUGAUCAAUGUGGAAAAACUCAGAAAUCACGAUCUCCUGGUUCUAAGAGCAGCAGCCUGGAAGAGCACCCCAGUGGAUACAAGGAAAGUGUUACAGCCCCUGUGAAGUCAGUACUUGAACGUCGCCAGGAAAUUCAGUCAGGAAAGAAGCUCUGUGUGUGUGAUGAGUGUGGGAAAUCUUUUCGUCAUAACUCAGCCCUAAAAAUCCACCAGAGGAUUCACACAGGAGAGAAACCCUAUCAGUGUGAUGAGUGUGGGAAAUCCUUCUAUGCACAGUCCAACUUCAAUCACCACCGGAGAACACACACAGGGGAGAAACCUUACGAGUGUAAGGAAUGUGGGAAAGCCUUCUGUGUGAAGUCAAACCUAACAAAACACCAGAAAACCCACACAGGGGAGAAACCUUUCAAGUGCAAUGAAUGUGGGAAAACUUUCUACCAGAGGUCUCAGUUUGAAGACCAUCAGAGAACCCACACAGGGGAGAAACCAUAUGAAUGUAAUGAGUGUGGAAAGUCCUUCUACUACAAAUCAACCCUAAAUGUCCAUCAGGGCAGGCAUAAAGAAGAGAAACCCCACAAAUGCACCCAGUGUGGGAAAUCCUUUUGCUAUAAGUCAGCCCUGAUUACUCAUCAGGUAACUCACACAGGGAAGAAACCAUAUAACUGUGAUGUAUGUGGGAAAGCUUUCUGCAUGAAGUCAAAUCUCACUAAACAUCGGAAAAUUCACACAGGGGAGAAGCCCUAUGAAUGCGGCGAGUGUGGCAAGUCCUUCUCCAUGAAUUCAGAACUUGUUGUGCAUCUGCGGACACACACGGGGGAGAAGCCCUAUGAGUGCAGCGAAUGCGACAAAUCUUUUUAUAAGAAGUCAGCCCUCACUAAGCAUCAGAGGACUCACACAGGGGAGAAGCCAUAUGAAUGUAACGAAUGUGGAAAGUGCUUCCACACCAAGUCAGUCCUAGUGGUCCACCAGAAAACUCACACAGGAGAGAAGCCCUAUAAGUGUAAUGAGUGUGACAGGUCAUUCUAUGUGAAAUCACUUCUCAAUAUUCAUCAGAGAGAUCAUACUGGGAAGAAACCCCAUGUGUGUAAUGAGUGUGGGAAAGCUUUUUCCAUUAAAUCAAAUCUCGUUGAUCAUCAGAGAACACAUUCGGAAGAGAAACCCUAUGAAUGUACUGAAUGUAAGAAAAGCUUUCGCCAUAAAUCAACCUUAACUGUACAUCAGAGAACUCACACAGGUGAGAAGCCCUAUAAAUGCAGUGAGUGUGGGAAAUCUUUCUAUAUGAAGUCAGCCCUCAGUCAACAUCAAAGAAUACAUACAGGGGAGAAGCCCUAUGAGUGUAAGGAGUGUGGGAAAACCUUCUUCCAGAAGUCUCACCUCACCAAGCAUCAACGAACACACACAGGGGAGAAGCCCUUUGAGUGCAAGGAGUGCAGGAAAACCUUCUUCCAGAAGUCCCACCUCGUCGAACAUCAGAGAACACACACGGGGGAGAAGCCCCAUGAGUGUGGUGAAUGUGGGAAGGCCUUCUGCUACAGGUCAGCCCUGACCAUACACCAGAGAACGCACACAGAAGAGAAGCCAUACAAGUGUAAUGAAUGUGACAAAUCUUUCUGUAUGAAAUCACACCUCACUGUGCAUCAGAGAACUCACACAGGGAAGAACCCCUUUGAGUGUAAUGAAUGCGGGAAGGCGUUCUACGUGAAGUCAAACCUCAUCAGUCAUCAGAGGAUUCACACAGGAGAGAAGCCAUAUGAAUGUAGUAGGUGUGGGAAAUCCUUCUGUAAGAAAUCAGCCCUCAAGUCCCACCAGUGGACGCACACAGGGGAGAGACCCUAUGAAUGCACGGAAUGUGGGAAGACUUUCUCCACAAAGUCAGCUCUUACCAGUCACCAGAUAAUUCACACACGAGUAAUACCAUAAGUUCUUACAGAUGUGGAAAAUUCUGUGUCAGGUCAAAUUUUCUUACCCCAGAGAACUCACAAGUGGUACUUUGUGGAUGUGCUUGGGUGGGAACCAUUUUGGGUGUAAAUUCAGCCUUUAAUUGAAAACAUACAAGGUGUUGAGGUUUGUCUCUCCAUGAGUGAAAGUAAUAUGGGAAAAUUGGGUCAAACCUUGCCAAGCAUAGAGCACAUGUGAGGAGAGGGCCCUGAGAGAACCCUGUACAUUAGUGCCUGGCAGCAAGAGGA